UUUUUAUUUUUUGCUAAAAAUAUUGAUUGUUAGUUAUAAAGAAUAAAUAAUACCUACUUACCUAUUUUCUAUUAGUUCAUUUUUAACAUAUUUUAUGCAAUACAAUAUUGCUUGGAUGUGGAAUAAUAUGAAUUGUAGCAUUGUGGUUUUCAACCUUUUUUUAAACACAGCACGCUGUGCUUUUCACAAUAUUUUGUAUCAGUCAUGAAUAACGUUUUCUUUACCAAAGACCUUUUUUUUUUAGGUCGUUAUUUUAAUAAUGAUAAUAAAUACAGAUACGAGUUGUUAUGGCAUUUCGGCCUCAGAACCAGAUUUACUUGAACAUGUGUUCGCCGGCGCUCGGCUCGUGGUCGAACUUCGAAGUCGCAUGAGCGGACUCGGUGUUUGGACAAACGGUUGUCACGCUGAAAUUCAGUAGUUGUUGAUUGUGCUUGGAAAUCCACUGCAGCAGCCAAUGGUGUAGACAUAAUUGUUAUAAUCCAUUAUUUUUUUACACCUAAUUAGAUAAACAAAAUUGCACUUUGUUAUAUUGUAUAUAUUAAUAUUUUAUUAUAUUAUAUUAUAUUAUAUUUUGUAUGAAGUAUAAUUAUUAUAAGAAAAACUUUUAAAAGCUCGCGGCACACCUAGAGGAAUGUUUAAGGCACACUAAUGUGUCGCGGAACUUCGGUUGAAAAUCACUGCUAUAAUGCUAUAUAGGUAUCUACGUAGGUGUAAAGGUGCGCAGAUGUUGAAGCACUUUACGGUGGCCACUGUUUCCAAUAAGACCGUAACCAAGGUUGUGGGACUAGUCGGCCUGAGCCUGGCGUCGAUGGUCAUCGACGAGGCGAUAGGACUGAUUAAACGGUAUGUUUGGCGUAACUACGUCACCGAACUUGAAGUUUCCAACACAGACAAGUCUUACAAUUGGCUACUGCAGUGGAUUUCCAAGCACAACCAACAACUACUGCACUUCAGCGUGACUACCGUUUGUCGAAACACCGAGUCUGCCCAUGCAACUUCGAAGUUCGACUACGAGCCGAACGCCGGCGAACACAUGUUCAAGUAAAUCCGGUUCUGAAACCGAAAUGACAUAA